CGUUUUAAUCUCCUUGGAAACGCUAAAAUCGGCGUCUUCCGGGAGCCUGCCUCGCCCCGUGACCGCAGACGUACACUUCCGGUGACACGUGCGUGACCCGUCGCCCCGCCCCCUUCUUCUCUUUCUUUCUGGUGGCUGAUUCUGGAUAAGACGAGUAGAAAUGGCACCUCGCAAGGGGAAAGAAAAGAAGGAAGAACAGGUCAUCAGCCUUGGUCCUCAGGUGGCCGAAGGAGAAAAUGUAUUUGGUGUGUGCCACAUUUUUGCAUCCUUCAAUGACACUUUCGUCCAUGUCACCGAUCUUUCUGGCAAGGAAACCAUCUGCCGUGUAACUGGUGGGAUGAAGGUGAAGGCUGACCGAGAUGAGUCAUCUCCAUAUGCUGCCAUGUUGGCUGCCCAGGAUGUAGCCCAGAGGUGCAAGGAGCUGGGCAUCACUGCCCUCCACAUCAAACUCCGGGCCACAGGAGGAAAUAGGACCAAGACUCCUGGACCAGGGGCCCAGUCAGCCCUUAGAGCCCUCGCCCGCUCAGGAAUGAAGAUUGGGCGGAUUGAGGAUGUCACCCCCAUCCCCUCCGACAGCACCCGCAGGAAGGGGGGUCGCCGUGGUCGCCGUCUGUGAACAGGACUCCUCAAAUUAUUGUUUUCUGUUAAUAAAUUGCCUUGAUAUCUUGGAGGUUGUUCCACAUCAGUACAUAAAGUACAUAAAGAUUUGGUCACCCACAAAUACACACCAAGCCCUAUUUUCGUCGGUGAUGAAAAAGAAAGUUUCUGCUUUCCGGAAGCAUGCAUCCAGCUCCAAGGACCCAGUGGCACCAGAUGGUACUGAGUGUUCUACAGAGGCUUAGCAUAGUGCUGUGUGAUAGUGACUGCUGCCCCAAGGCAAGACAAUGGCAUAAUGUUUUCAGGGUUCAUCACAGCAUGUUUCAGGACUUCAUUCCUUUUUAUUGCUGAUUAACGUUCCAUUACCUUGAUACACAGAUCUCUUCACAGUUCUCUUCCAACUUGGAAGAACCUUGGAGAGGUGGGUCUUGCCAUGGCUCCUACCAACUUACCCUGUGUGAUGGACAAGCCAUCUUUUUUGAGUCUCUUUGUUUCUUCAUCUUAAAAAUGAGUGAUUACAACCCAAAGUAUAAAAUGAGUCCAUGCUGCUGCAGGUGAUUUGAAUAAAUUAAGCCAUAAAUCUUAAAAAGGAUUCUAAAUAAAAGUAGAUGCUCCCCCUUCCAGUAAGUGGGACUUACUGUGGGCUAGACUUAGUGACUCACGAACAUGGAAGAGGGAAAAUGUUAACUUUGUUCUGGAGAGACCUUAACCAAACUAUUAAGGUUGCUUAACACUUCUGAUAUAUCAUGUUGAUAGUACUCUGAUUUGACAAGAUGAGCACUUCACUUCUGAAUUCUCUCUGAAAACCCAUAGUCCAGUUAGAGGACGUUCUACUGCGUUAUCAACAUUUAAAUGGUCAAAAGUUACGAAAAACAAGGACUUAAGACCAGAGGAGGGACUUCCCUGGCGGCACAGUGGUUAAGAAUCCACCUGCCAAUGCAGGAGACAGGGGUUCGAGCCCUGGUCCAGGAAGAUCCCACAUUCCAAGGAGCAGCUAAGCCCGUGCGCCACAACUACUGAGCCUGCGCUCUAGAGCCCACGAGCCACAACUACUGAAGCCCGCGCACCUAGAGCCCGUGGUCCACGACAAGGGAAGCCACUGCAAUGAGAAGCCCGUGCACCACAACGAAGAGUAGCCCCCACUCUUCGCAAUUAGACAGGCCGCACGCAGCAACGAAGACCCAAUGCAGCCAAAAAUAAAUAAAUAAAUUUAUUUAAAAAAAAAAAGACCAAAGGAGCUGAAGGAGAUGUGAUAUAAUGCAUUGGAUCCUGGACCAGAAGAGGCAUUAGUAUAAAAGCUAAUAUCUAAUCUGGAGUCCAAUUAGUAGUAAUGUACCUAUGCUCAUUAGUUUUGACAAAUGUAUUGUUAUAAUGUAAGAUGUUAACAUGAGGAAACCAAAUGAGUGUUAUACAGAAACACCAUACCUUUGCAACUUUUUGGUAAAUCUUAAAGGAUUCCAAAAUAAACAUUAGGGGAAAAAAUGA